AUGCUAUCCAUAAUAUUAGAUACUUUAGUGUUAACUAUAUAUGAUAAAGGAGAUAGAGAAUAAAUUCUUUCAUAAAUUGAAGCAAUUCAAGAUCUUGUUGAUUUGAAAAACACGAAUUUAAAUAUUAUAAAUGUAUAAGGGUAACCUCAUUUGCAAGUAGUUUUUUAAAUGUAUUUAAGAUUUUAGGUGAGUUAUCAGAUGUUGACAACACUUCCAUAUUUUUUGAACUCUUAAUUUUGAGUCCAUUGGAAAAUGGAAUAAGAUGUAAGAUUGUAAGACCGAAAGAAACUUAGUUAAAUCCUUAUUAUGAUUGUAAAGAUAUUAAUUUAAUGUAAGCAACCCUUGGAUUUAUAGAUUUUAGUAUAUAUAUUGAGAGAACCGAUAAAUUGAUUGAUAUCAUCUCCAAGAUGAAAGUAUAAUUUAAAAAAGAGCAUCCGUAUGAAAGAGUGAGAAAACCCUAAGAAUCAGAGAUGAAUUCCUUUGCAAAUAAUGUUAAUAUCAAUAAUUCAUGAUUUUAGAUUAAAGAGAACUGGAAUGAAUUAAAUUCUAUAAAUGAAGCUCUGGUAUUUGAACUAAUACAAGAACUGAAAAAGAAAGCUUGUCUUAAGUCGAUGAUAAUUGAUGGAUAAGAAAUGGUAGAUGAAUUAAUAAAGGAAACAGAGAGAUUGAACUAAUUUAAGAAUUAAAACAUAGAUAAAAUUGCAGAUGAAAAUAAUAUUUUAUAAUUUAUUUCCACAACACCUCAUUAAGAUUAACUCAUAGAAUUAGAUGCUAAAAUCAAGGGCAUUCGUGAUACCUUAAGAUUAAUUUAGCAUAAUUUCUAAAACAAUCAUUUAAAUUUUCUAGAAUUAAACUAAUUUACAAGGAAUCUAGCUAGGGAAGAAUUCGAUGCACUGCUUCUAUUAAAGAAAUGUCUUAAUUAAUAAUUAGAAUGA